GUUUCUCUUUCGAGACGAGCUCAACGAACGGAGAUUUUCUUUGCUAAUGGAAAAGGAAAUCCAGAGAUUGCUACACAUACCAACCAAGCGUUUCGUCUUUUGUGCGAAGAGUUUUCAACCAUAUGAGAUAUGAAUACAUUAGCAUGCAAGAAGCCUGUUCAGAGAAAUUGUAGAAAAUAUUGUAGCUAUUUGAAAAUAAGUCAAAAUUUCAAAUAGUUUACGAAAACCCCAAAAAAAAUUUGAAAUUUUCCAAAAAUAAAGAGGAAAAACUGGAAGUCAAACAAGCUCGAUUUUCACCAUAGACGUAUGGUCUAGUGGCCUUUUAUUUGGCACAACCAAACUAAUCAGAAGCGCGAAGCGCCCCCUUAGAUGUUCAAGUCGCCCUCCCACAUAGUUCCGUAAUAAGCAAGAUCUUUCAGUGUUUUUUCUCCUGAAACCAUGUUAAAAUCUGCUUUUAUAGUUUGGUCCACGCAAAUUAAAUAUUCAGCAAUUAUGUUGUAGAAAGUAAGAGAUUAUGUAUCAUAAUUCAAGCAAUAAGUGUCUGCUGUAAAAACACGGAAUAAAGAGGUGGUUUAAAAUGCGAACCUCAUAUUUUACUUGCUGUGGAAAUACAAUGAAGGAAUAAAGGAAACGACUGAUAGCACACACACGGAAAAUUGAAACGCAAUGAAAGUAAACCACACCACACUACUGCCACAACAAUCAAAAACAAGAAACAACAAAACGCUCAAAGCUAACCCAAAUCCAGCCAUCCAUAUACACAUAGAUAUCUGUAAUAUGUUAAUUAAUUAUUUUAGAAAAAUACUAAAGCUAAUAGAAAAUACCUUCAAAAAAGCCAAAUAAAUGAAAGAAACAUGAAUAGGAUACUUAUAAGAAGGCUGUCUCGGGCAAUUUUAUAAACAUACCCUUGAAGAUUAGCCAAACAAGAAGAAACGUUACGAAGAAGCAAAGCAGCUUAAGCAACAUUACUUUUAGUACUCAGAGAGUUAUAACAAAGAAAAAGUUUUAAAAACUAAAAUAUAGAUGUUAGUAUGUUUAGGAAUAUGAAAAUUUUAGUACCAUCAAAUUCACAAGAAAGUGUGCCGUCACCACCGCCGAUCACUGCUGUUAAUCAACAAGAAUUUUUACAAUCCGCAGGUGGUGGCAAUGGCUCUUCUGCAUCCAAAGAUUUUACUAGUAAUCACGGAAGCCUGGCACAGAAAGCGAAUAGAAGGGACCAACACCAGAAACAUACUGGUGGCCCAAAUAAAGCAAAGUUUACACAUGGUAAUAAUGGUGGCAGACCGAUGCAGCUUUCACAACAUCAGCAACACAAAUUCCACCAUAAUUCGAAUAGUGGCAGUAAUAAAGGCAAGAAACAACACUACGCUAGUAAUAGUAACACAACAUCCUCCUUAAAUCGAAAAAAGUUUCACCAACAUCAGCAGAAUACAUUACAGCAGAUUAACUACCACAAUCACCACAGCCAGAAUACAAGUCAGCAUCAGCAAAAUCAAUACAUGUCAGCAAUGCAUUCGAAUCAGCAUAAAUUCCAAACUACCAUGAAUGCUACAGCAACACAAACAACAGCAACAACGAGCAGUAGUAAUAGUAGCACCUCUUCCAACAAUAAUAAUUGUCAUCUGGUCAAGAAUCAGAAUUACUCCAAUAUUGUUUUAUCUCCUAAAACUAAUUUAUGCGUGGACAAUAACAGUUCCUCCACUACUCCAAGCGCAAACUCCUCAAAUUGCACAACAACUCAAAGUGAUAUUAGCAUCUCCUCCAUUACUUCAAGUGAAUCAUCCUGUAAAUGUUCCAACCAAAGCCAUAAUUGUGAUAAAUCAUCAUCAUUCGUAGAAAAAACGCUGCAAAAAUAUCCCCAAGACCUGCUUUGCGCGAUUUCAAAUGAUACAACUCAAAUAGCAAUCGCAGCAUCAACCUCUUCGUCACCAUCAUUUGCAACUCAUCCCACCAACAUUACAAGCAUACCGAAGACUGAAGCUUUAGCCAAUUGUAAGUGUUUUCCUAAAUUCGCAAAGAUAACACAGUCGACGGCAUCAACGCUUGUCAACAUUAAACUUAAUAAAAAGAACAAAAUUGACACUGCACCGAAGCAGCAAUAUUUUUUAGAAUCUGAAUCUCUGAGUCAAUGCCAAUGUGGGCUCAGUUCUUUUGCAGCAGCUGGCCAUAGCUUACAUACAACAACAGUGUCAUAUCAACCAGCGACUGCAACAAACAAUAAAAAGAAAAAUUGGAAAAUUCCCAACAACAACAAUUGUUGUGGCAGCAGAGAUGUAAUUGAUGGGGGAGUAUGUGACAUAUGCUCCGUUUCAUUAAAACCGUCCAAUGUUCAAGUAACUCUGACGGAAAAUUACGAAGGAAAAAUAUGCAACAAUCUCUCUUCUAGCUGCAAUUCUUCUGGUGAUGUCUGUAACAAUUCUCAGAGGAAGCAAAAGGAUCCUCUUCAGUCCGCAGGAAUGAGUACAGGGUUCAAUCUACAGAAGGCAGCGGUACCAAGUGUUGAAGCAAAUGCUUCAAAUUCAGUUACAGAAAAAUCAUCAUUUUUGUCAUCAUCACCAACUUCAAUCCAUAAGUUAUCCAAAGCAAAUCAAAAAUCAAUUGAUGUGACCAAGCCUAACAAAAAUGAGACAUCAAAAGGCAUUUCAGCAGCUGACAAUGACAUAAAUAUUCUCGAGUCGAAUAAUAGCCGAAGUGUUGAUACAAACGCAAAAACAAGGAAUUAUUCCUGUAAUAAUGUUUCCUCUCCCAGUUCAUAUAGCUUGGAUUUCUUACACUCGGUCGGCGUUCAAAUGUCGGGGGCAACCAAAUCUAGUGCAUCAAACAGCAGCACCGAAGAUAAUCUCAGGCCUUUAUCGUCAGCCAAGUCGGCAAAUGGUACACAAGGACGAGAAAGUUCGGCAGCAUGUAGUGGUUACCCAUGUUCGAGUGCUACUAGCAAUCAACGCCAACAUCACCAGCAGCAGCAGCGAUAUGUGAAUGAAGGGGGAAUCAGUGCGGGAGGAGGAAACAACCACAACACUUACCAUCAUCCUCAACCGACACAACUUACGAUAGCAUCAUUUCUAAAAAAGGAUAUUUUAGGUGAAAGUAUUCAAACGAGCAGCAACAGCGGCAGCAGCACAGCAUGUAAUAGUACAAGAGCUUCCAAUAGUUCCAAUCUCAAUAACAGCACAUAUAAUGAACAACAUUAUGUUCGCUCACAUCAAUAUGGUGGACGUUAUUAUAAUAAUUACUAUCCAACAUAUUACCACCAACAUCACACAUCACAACAUACGAUGCCACAUAUCAGUGCUUGCGGUUAUAAUGGUGAUGUAGCGCGUUUCACAUCGAAUGGGGGCAACCAGCGUUCUUUUUAUGGAGGCUAUUUAAAUUAUCAAAACAACAACAGCCCAAAUACAAAUGGCUCGUUGCAAUAUACCAACCAGACGCCUCCGACUCAAGAAUCCUCCAGAACACACUUUUCGCAUAGCAUUGAGAGCCAUGGGGUAGCGGUUGGUGAUUCAACAACAACAAAUAAAAAGGGAUCAGUUGGCUCCUCGAGAUCUUCUUGUUCGUCAUUAUCUUCAACAUCGUCCACUUCUUCAUGUGGCUCCAAUAGAAAACUACAACAACAACAAAACGCUUCUGUACACAAUCAACAAAAAUCGUUAACUCAACAUUUGGCUAUAGAAACAUUGCCUUCAAAAUUAAAUAGUCAGCAAGGAUCUAGUCAACGCCAGGGAUUACAUAGGGGUCAUAAUCAACAUGGGCAACACCAUGGUCAUGGUGGUCAUCAUUAUUACAGUCAUCAUCACCAUCACCAACAUGUGGUGGCACAUAGCACUCCAACAACUCCGCAGCAUCAAAAUUAUUACAACUUGACCUACGUGUGUACCGAUGGCAAUAACGGAACAAGUUCCAGAAGUUGCAGUCCUGCACCUGUUCUACCCCCUACCCCAGCAUCCUCGAAUCCCAGUCCUAGAUCACUAGAUAAUUGUUCUGUUCCUGGCCCUAGUCCUGCCGCAUUAGCUGCUAAUCUUCAGUUAAACACGGCACCUUUGAAUUAUACGCAGUAUUCACAAAACUCAACAUCUCAACAAUAUCAUCAUUAUCAACAGAAUCAUUUGUUUAAUAAAAAGCUACUAGCACCGCUGUCACUUAAUGUACCAUCUCCAUCACCAUCCCCUACACCCACUCAUCUGGGAGGAGCAUCGCUUCAAUCGCAUAUACCAGCCCUUGUACCGCAAAAUAUUAUCUGUUGUGCGCAGCUGGAUGAAGCUUCUACAGCGGCUGCGGCAGCGGCAGCAAACAAUGGAAUCAUUGCUGGCAAUGAUUAUGACUCGGAUGCCUCAUCGACUCAUUCAUCAGCACAAAAUAGAAAGUACAGUAGUUGUAGGUCGGCACUGUCUUCUGCUUCAUCGGUAGCAUCGCUGUGUGGUGGUAGCAAGCCUCAUCAGUUGGAGUGCAAGAGCCAACCCGGCACCCCAAUCGAUGCUAGUGCAUCUACCACACCUCUUGGUAGUCCCAUUGGCUAUAAUACUUAUGCGGCCUCCCUUGUCCAUGUAUUUCCCAAAUUGCAAGUGUCAUCUACGACAGGUACUACCCAGCAACCGCAUUAUAAUCAGUCUCAAAACGACCCAAAAGCAUCAUCUAAUUCAGCACAACUACCUCUAAUCUACCAUAAUGGCGGUGUAACUUCGAUGCUUAAUUUGCCCGGGCAGACCACAAAUAUCGGCGAGGCCGCAACACCGAACAAUUACUCAGAUGAUGACUGUCACAGGCAACAGACGCACUUUUUAUUACCUUUGACAUCAACUCAAUCAUCUGCUGAACACUUGAACAUGCCAUCCUUUUCUGCUGGUACAAGUCGUUCCAACAGCAGCAGUGGUUACUGGAGUCCAUCACAGCAGUGCAGUUUUUACAAUCAAUUGCCAUUAACUGGCCUCAUGACUACUAACCUCAUUGUUCCUAAUGCCGCUUCGUGUGGCUCAUCAUCGUCUUCCAUAUCACCGAGUUUGCCAGAUCGUGAUGACUCCAAACAAUCAAUACAACACACACAAAACAAACUGCCCCCGUCCAGUGGCAAUACGUCGCCUACUGCAUCCUCUUCUUGUUCAAAUGAACAAUUGGGAAUUUCAGAAGCACUCUUAUCGUCCACCAAUAGCAGUUCGACUCUUAGUGGAAGAGCAGGCGCCAUAGUUAGGACUUGCGAAAGGAACUCUUCGCAGUUAUUGGGACAGCAACAACAGCGUUUGAUAGUUCAGCAAACGCAACAUCCGCCCUCACCAACUUUACCUCUGUCAAAUAACACAUCUUUUUCGACGGCUGCUCAGCGAGCACGCAACUGUGGAAGUGGUGGUCGAAACCACCAAUAUACGCAGAACAAUCCAACGUUAAUUUCAUCGGUGACGGCCAACUGUGGCGCGAUGACCAAUAAUAACCAACAGACGACGGCGAUGAUUCCACAGAUUUUUUCUCAUCAUCAACUGCAAUCGAUGCCACCUCCACCACCACCACACAAUUUACUGUAUAAUAAUCCUCAGACAACUAAUCCCUUGCGUCCUUUGGGAAAUUCUUCUGUUCACGAUUUUUUCACACAUACGCCACCUGAUAGGUUUUUGGCUCGGGCCCAUCUAAUUGAGGCCAAGGAAGCACCGGCUUCACUUCUGAAUAAUUCCAAAUGGGACAACUUGUCACGCGAUAUAUGGACCAAAUUUAUUAGCUCCCAACAGACAGAAGAAACCUUUAAACAAAAGAUGAAAUUGUGGCGCUACCUAUACCUAUUUAUCAAGAAUGCAUAUCCUCGUUAUGGUCUUUAUUUAGUCGGUUCGACGAUAUCAGGCUUUGGCUCCGAUACCUCCGAUGUCGAUAUGUGUUUGGUUUCCCGCAGUGCUUCCAAUAUUGAUCCACGCAUGGAAGCAUUAUUUAACCUGACGGUCUUAAAAGAUUGCCUUAGUAAAUCGGGCGAGUUCGAAUAUUUCAAUUUGAUUGAGGCUAAGGUUCCAAUACUGCGGUUUCGUGAUCGUGUCCAUCAGCUGGAAGUCGAUCUUAAUUUCAAUAACUGUGUUGGUAUUAAGAACACCCAUUUGCUCUAUUGUUAUUCACAAUUGGACUGGCGUUUGCGACCCCUGGUUCUUGUUACAAAAUUAUGGGCACAGCAUCACAACAUAAACAAUGCAAAGAAUAUGACAAUAUCUAGUUAUUCUCUUGUAUUAAUGGUAAUACACUUUCUACAGUAUGCUGUCCAGCCGCCAGUUUUGCCAUGCUUACAUCAGAUGUUUCCCCACAAAUUUCCUCUGUUGCGUUCUAAUGAUUUUGGUUUUGUGGAUAUGAACGAGACUAUAGGCCCUUACGAAAGUAAAAAUAGUCAGACUAUCGGAGAGCUGUUUCUUAACUUUCUGGAGUACUAUAGUAAUUUUGACUAUUCGCAACACGCGAUAUCUGUCCGCACAGGUGGCAUUUUGCCUAUUAAUGCGUGUCGUACGGCAAAGUCUUUGAAAAAUGAUAUUCAUCAAUGGAAGGAGCUAUGCAUUGAAGAACCAUUUGAUUUGACAAAUACAGCGCGAUCAGUGUACGAUUUUGAAACAUUUGAGCGAGUUAAGGGUGUCUUUGUGUCUUCAUGGCGCGUUUUAAAGGAUACCUUGGACCUGAAUUCAAUUUUUCUACCAGAUAUUGAACAGACAGUGCAACAAGUGUUGUCUAAUUUCAAUGCUGAAAGCGAGCCAAAUGGAAUAGAUGACACCAUUCAUCUUUCCACUGACAGCAUAACAUUGUCCUGGACGGAAGAUUGCGGUACUCUAGAAUCAUCCUCCGAUGAUAGAAUAAGUUCAACAUCCAAACAAACGACAAAAUAUGGAGGAUUAAAACGUGCCGCCCAUGUUAAAACCAACGAAGACAUGCUUCUUGAAUUGAACGCAAAUGUCAAUGAAAGUGUUUGUAAACCUUCGCCACUAAUAUUAAACACCGUCUCCUCCACUCCGACUACUUUGUCACAUUCAUUAACGAAAUCAUUUAAUGGAAAAUUUCUGAAUAGAAGCCACAAAACUAAUGCUGCAAUGUCGUGAAAGAAUACAUUUAUUAGCUGGAUUACAUAGAUGCAUCACAACAGUUGCAUUGUGUGGUGGUCGCAAUUUCGCAUUUCAUGUUUUGGAGAUGUGUCUGUUAUGAUAAUCAAAUAAGAUGAGUAAAAAAACUAAGCUGAAUAAUUAAAACAAAAAUUACAUAUUACCGAAACGCCAUUAUUAUUAUAAUUUCCUAUUGGUAUAUAAGUAACGAAAAUGAACAAAAAAAUUAUAAAAUCCUGCCAUAAACUAAAAAAAAGUAAUAUAUAAUAUAUCUGCGUACAAAAAUGUAAAAAAAAACUAUUUCUAUAUAGAAUAUAAACAGAAUUAAAAUAUAUUUUUAAGGAAUUGACUUGAAGCGAUUAUUGUAAAUUCAUCUUCAAUAAAAGAAAUGGGCAUGAUUUCUACCAAAUACCAACAAUUUCAAGUUACCAUAUUGAAGAUGAAUAAAAAAAAUGUAUACAUAUCCAAUUAUAUUGAAAAAAAAACUAUCUGUUUUGUAAGUCAAACUUAUUAUUGAGAUAAAAAAAAAAACAAAUAUCAUUGUAAAAUGUAAGUACUGCUUUGUUGUCCGCACAUAUCGAAUAUGAAGAAGUUAUUCGAUGUCCGUUUGGUAAACAUAGAGCAGUACUUACACAAAUCAACAGUAUAAUCUUUUCUUCUUUUUUUUUGUAUGUGUGCCUUCUGUGAAGGUUCUAAAUUAAAUAAACUAUGGAAAAAAGACGUGCAGCAAAUAUCUUUUCGCCUCUCAAUGAAUUAUGUCAAUGAAUACUUAUAUCCCUUAGCAAUUUUAUAUUUUGUAAUUGAGUUUUGUAAUUUCAUAGUAAAGUAAAAAAAAAUGUUUAUAUACAUAUAUUUUUUUUUGUUGCUGCACAUCUUUUCAUUAUUGUUCCAGAGCUAGUUGCAAAUCACUGAUGUUUGUUAAGAAUCCAUAUAUCCAUAUUUUUAUUUGCAUUGAUUAUUUCGCAAAUAUCAUUGUUAUCCGUAUAAAAUCUUUGCCCAUCAUAAUUUUUAUAGAUAGCAUCUAACAUUUGGUUGGCUCUUCAUUCCCCUAUUCAAACAUCUAUAACUGUAUAUUUACUACUACCUCAUAAGGUUCACAAGGAGUUUGUUAAAAAUUUAAGUUUUUUUUUGUUUAUUAUGAGAGCCAACUCCCCCCAACACCACAAACAACUAUUGUCACAAUAAGGCCACUUAAAGUGAGCACCAAAUAAUAAAACGAUGCCUUGCAAGGGGAAAA